AGUACUGCCAUUUUUUGCUAAUUUUUCAACUCGUAACAUGCUUUUGUUGCUUCAAAACAAGCUAAAACAGUGAAAAAAUGUCGAGUUUCACCAAACUCUGUCGAUUAUGCUUGAAAAAAUGUCGCGCAGACGACAACUACGAAGACUUGGGACACGAUUACAGUAUCAGAUGUCGGAUUGCCAUCAAAGAAAUUUUCAACAUUAUUCACGGAAACAACGCCACAUUUCCGACUAAAGUGUGCAUCGAAUGCAGCCACAAAGUCCUUUUGUUCUACGAUUAUUUCGUGGUUGUGCAGAAAAACCAAGAAAUCCUCGUAAAUGGGAUAAAUGCGGCAUCCUCACAUGCUUCGAGACCCCGAGAAACGCUCAUAAAUCCACUUUCGAUGCGUCAUUACACCGCAAUCCCGUCGACGAAUGUCAUGAACAUCAGCUCGGAAGACUUUGGAGGCGGCGACAUGGAACUGGACAACAGUAUGGAUGCAUUUCGCUCCGAUUCGAAUAUUGUCGAAGCAAAACCCGAGAUUUUUAGCACGCCAAAGCCGUUUUUGACGUUCGAGGAGCGAAAAGCCAUCGAAGAGAAGAUAAAAAUGAUCAAAGAAACCAUGACGGAUGAUGAAAAAAUUAAAAUUUUCUAUGGCUUGCAGUGUACGACGUGUAACACGAGUGUCGAAUUCAACAAAUUGACGGAAUAUGAGGAGCAUUGUUUGAAGGAGCACGAUAUCGAGGUGACGUCCUUCAUGUGUUGCAAAACGAAAAUUCGUCGGGAAUUUUUAAUCGAUCAUAUUGAGUAUCAUUUGGGCACGCCAGCAGUUCGGAUGUUACGUCCUCGAGGGCAAAACGCGAAAAAUCAAGAAAAUAAUUCUUUAAACGGGAAUGUGACGCCUGCCGAGCAAGAUGAGACCAAUGACAGUAUUUAUAAAUUUCCGUGCAACAAAUGUGAGCGAAGUUACAUGGUAAAGUCGUCGCUAAAACGUCAUCAGACCCUCGCGCAUGGCUUUAUAUGCGAUGUUUGUGACAAAGUCUUCGAUAACGACCACAAAUUGAAGAAACAUCAAUUUAUUUUUCACAGCACGGAUGGUCCCUUCAAAUGUACAAUUUGCCCCUCGGAGCAUAAUACGCGCCAAGAGUUGUAUAAUCACAAACGUUGGCACACCCGACAAUCCACGACGCCCAAUGCGAUGUCGAUUUCCCUCCCUGCCGAUGGCGAAAACGACGAAAAUGACGACGACGAAGCAACUUCCACGGAAAACCAAUCAAACCUCGAUGAUCGGCGUCGCUUCAAAUGCUCUCUCUGCUCAAGCGCGUUCCAUUCAACCCGCAACCUCAAGAUUCACAUGUCGCUGAAACACAAAAAGACCAUUUUAGCGAAAGUUUUGAAGAAUCGUUAUGCUGCCUCGCCAUUCAAACCCGCCGCGGGCGUUACCAAGCUGCGUUGCAAGUCGUGCGGCUUCCUCUCAAUGUACCGGCAAAACAUGAAGCGUCACAUUCGGCUUCGGCAUGCCGACGAAGCGUCAAAUGAGGACGAAGUUGUGGCGUUAUUUGAAGAUAUGAACGCCAAAGAUGCCAAUCAGGAGAACAAUGCGGCAAAUAAUCAGGGAGAAAAUGAACAAAAUAAUGCCGAAAAGGAAAUGCAAGUCACGCAGAUCAAGGAAGAGCAAGAUGAUUCCAUUAACAUGUUUCAGUGUCUAAGCAAUUCGUUGCUUUCUUAACUCGUUGUGCAUUUGUGAAAACGGGAUCUUAGAUCUGAAGUAAUUUUUAAACUCGUAAUUUCCAUGUGUGUCACAAAAAUUAUUAUUAUUAUUAAAGUAUUAAUUGGAAAAAUUAAGUGAAAUAUAUAAAAUAUGUGAAGUA